CCAAUCAAAGCAAGAAGCUCAUUGUCAGCAGAGUAGCGGAAGGCAACUAAACAGAGAUGGGAAGCGAAGGCAGCAGCACAACCCCGAAUGGCAGCGGCGCCGCAGCCUGCGCGGUCUGCGGCGGCACGGCGGCGGUGUACUGUCCGGCUGACUCGGCGGCCCUCUGCGCACCCUGCGACGCGGCUAUCCACGCGGCGAACCCUCUGGCUUCCCGCCACGAGCGCGUGCCGCUUGCGGCCGCCAUGGUGGCAUCCUCCGGCGUGUACGACCUCUUUGCGGCUGACGAUGAAGGGGUGUCGUCCUGGCCGGGACAGGGGCUGGGGCAAGGCAGCCCCAACAGCAGCUCGUCCAGCUUCAGCAACUGCAGCGGUGCCGAGACGAGCCUUUUUCACCUUCUCUCCGACGUCGACCUCAUGGCUACCGGCGCCGCCGGUGGAAGUCUGUCGGAUGGCAUGCCAAUUCACGGGGCCGCCGCACCGUUGUGGCUGCAGCCCGGCAUCGCCGUUGAUGCCUCUACCUGGUCUUCGCCGUUGGAGUCCGCCGUGGUCGCGGCGGCGGCGGCAGCGGCGGACAGACGGGAGAGGGUCAGGCGGUACCGCGAGAAGCGCAAGAACCGCAAGUUCCAGAAGACCAUCCGGUACGCCUCCCGCAAGGCGUACGCCGAGGCGCGGCCAAGGAUCAAGGGCCGCUUCGUCAAGCGCACCGCCGGCUCAGACGACGACAGCACGAGCGCCACCGCCGAGGGGGCCAAAUUCUGGCUCUCCUUCUCCGACGACAGCGUUGUGUUCGACGCCCCGUCCUACGGAGUCGUGCCAAAUUUCUAGAAAGCUCUGGAAACAUCGGCGAACAAAGCCGUGGGACCUUUUAGGGAACGGUUAUGGUGCUCGAUCAAUCGUGGCAAUGUCGUCUGCUCAGCUUAAAACACAAUCAAGCAAAGGGCAGAUGCCAUGGCGCCAUGCUGCGAUCCUAGUGGCGCCAAUUGAUGCGCUGUCGUGUUCAUGUUCGUGUCGUGCCGUCGUGAAAAUCCGCCAUCGCUAUUUUUAACUGAUGAUGCGGGUUUUCGAUGGAUGGAGUGUAAUGUUUAUUUGAAUUAGGCGAUUAGUUAAUUUACUUCCGCA